ACCCUAAACUAAAAUUUGAGGUCCACAGUGCGCGAUAAGUGGAUUUGCCGUCUCCUUCCUUUCUCGUUCACAGAAGCAAAUAUUGAUCGGAUCAUCGAACCGCGCGGUGUGUGGCUGAAGAAUUCCCAUGGUGGCCAAAACAGUAGGAAAUGAGCGUCUUGCUGGAGCCAGAGAGAGUUCGUGGCUUAUGCCCAACGGGAGCUCUCGAGGUGUUCGACUAAUUGUCCUGCGGCAUGGCAAACUUGAGUGCAAGCCCGGCGACCUCGAUCCUGUCGAAAGGCUUCCCUCACGUUCCUGUACAGAAAUCUCGGUUCACUUGUCGAACACCUGUACCCAGCAGAAGAUUGUGCUUAAGAUCCUCACAGAAGUGCAGAUUGGGACACGGGGGAAGGAGUGGGGCGAGGGAGAGGCUGUUGGGAAGGUGGUUUGUGGGCUGCUCCUCUACUGCAGGAGAGGUUGGAGUUGUGAGCGAGGAUGAGAGUGGGAAGGCCGGGGUGGGAGAUGGUCAAGAUAAGUACUUGCUGAGGGAGUUCGGAUGGGGAGUUAGGAGGAUGGCCAAGGUGGGAGAAGAGAUGAGCAAGGUGGCACAUGUCCAGGCCGAAGCUUUCCACACUCCUGUGGCUCUGUUAAAUGAUCUCUUCUUCCAUAUGUUUAAAGCUGAAGUGCUUUCCGCUCUUAUGUACAGAGUUAGAAGUUCACCACCUGAAAGGUAUGCUUGUUUGGUCGCAGAGUCUGCUAGUGCACAUAAUUCACUUUGGGAACCACUGAAGGAGAUUGUGGGGGUUGUUGAUGUCACAGUUCAGAGAGAUGAAGAUGUUCUUUGCCAUAUCCAAGGCGAACAAGAGUAUCUCUAUAUUUCAGGAAUAGCAGUUCUAACGAAGUUUAGGAGGCAAAAAAUAGCAACUGUACUGCUGAAAGCCUGCGAUGUGCUAUCGGCUUUGUGGGGGUUCAGCUACUUGGCAUUGAGAGCUCAUGAAGAUGAUUUUGGAGCUCAAAGGUUGUACUCGAAUGCAGGCUACAAAGUGGUGUCAAGAGAUCCAAUCUGGAUUACCUGGAUUGGAAAGAAGCAGCGUGUUCUUAUGGUCAAGCCAUCACCCUUUUACAAGACAGACUUCAUGUGAAUACAUAAUGUCAAGAAUUUGCACCUCUGAUAUUUUCCAAGAUUACAGUGGUAUAAAAAGCAAAUCCUCAAAGCAGUGUCAACUUGUGAUGCCCUCUUAAAUCUUGAACCAGUUGUUGUCAGCAAGUACAAGCCAUUUUAUUACAAUGUUCUGAACAUGUAGAUGUUUGAGAUCAUUCUUGUCUGUAAGUUAGAGACUGUAGCAACAGAUUCAAACUCAAAACAGCACAAUGCCAGUUUAAGAUCAAGCUUGUGCUCUUUCAA